AUGGAGCCGGCCGAACGGGCGGGCGGCAGGGAUCCCCUGGAGCCGGGCGGGCCUCCGGGUCCGGACCCCCAAGGCUUCGUCCCGCAGAAGGAGAUCGUCUACAACAAGCUGCUGCCCUACGCCGAGCGGCUGGACGCCGAGUCCGACUUGCAGCUGGCCCAGAUCAAAAGGAACUUGGGCCGGGCGGUGCAGCUCCAAGAGCUGUGGCCUGGGGGCCUCUUCUGGACCAGGAAACUCUCCACAUAUAUUCGACUUUAUGGGAGAAAAUUUAGCAAAGAAGAUCAUGUUCUUUUUAUCAAGUUAUUAUAUGAGCUGGUAUCAAUUCCAAAACUGGAAAUCAGCAUGAUGCAGGGAUUUGCCCGUCUCUUGAUUAACUUGUUAAAGAAAAAGGAACUUCUUUCAAGAGAUGAUUUGGAGUUACCUUGGCGACCACUUUAUGACAUGGUGGAAAGAAUAUUAUAUUCCAAGACAGAACACCUGGGAUUAAAUUGGUUUCCUAAUUCUGUAGAAAAUGUUCUCAAAACACUCGUGAAGAGCUGCCGACCGUAUUUUCCAGCAGAUGCCACAGCUGAGAUGCUAGAAGAAUGGCGGCCUUUAAUGUGUCCUUUUGAUGUAACAAUGCAAAAGGCCAUCACUUAUUUUGAAAUAUUUCUUCCUACCUCCCUUCCUCCAGAACUUCAUCAUAAAGGUUUUAAACUUUGGUUUGAUGAAUUAAUUGGCCUUUGGGUUUCAGUGCAAAAUCUCCCACAGUGGGAGGGGCAACUAGUAAAUCUCUUUGCUCGAUUGGCUACAGAUAAUAUAGGAUACAUAGAUUGGGAUCCAUAUGUACCAAAGGUAUUUACAAGAAUUCUGAGAAGCUUGAACCUCCCAGUGGGAAGCAGUCAGGUGUUAGUUCCAAGAUUUUUAACAAAUGCUUAUGACAUAGGACAUGCUGUAAUAUGGAUCACUGCCAUGAUGGGUGGACCAAGUAAGUUAGUGCAAAAGCAUUUGGCUGGUUUGUUUAACAGCAUCACAUCUUUUUACCAUCCUUCAAAUAAUGGCCGCUGGCUGAACAAGUUAAUGAAACUGCUUCAGCGGUUGCCAAACAGUGUUGUUAGAAGAUUACAUCGUGAAAGAUACAAGAAACCUUCUUGGUUAACUCCUGUGCCUGAUAGCCAUAAGCUUACAGAUCAAGAUGUUACAGACUUUGUACAAUGCAUUAUUCAGCCUGUCCUCUUGGCUAUGUUUAGCAAAACUGGUAGUUUAGAAGCAGCCCAGGCUCUGCAGAACCUUGCACUCAUGAGACCGGAGUUAGUAAUACCCCCUGUACUUGAAAGAACAUAUCCUGCACUAGAGACUUUAACAGAACCUCACCAGCUCACAGCUACUUUAAGUUGUGUCAUUGGAGUAGCCCGCAGUUUGGUAUCAGGGGGCAAGUGGUUUCCUGAAGGUCCAACACACAUGCUACCUCUGUUGAUGAGAGCAUUGCCUGGGGUGGAUCCGAAUGACUUUAGUAAAUGCAUGAUCACAUUCCAAUUUAUAGCAACAUUUUCCACUCUGGUGCCUUUAGUAGAUUGUUCAUCUGUACUGCAGGAAAGAAAUGACCUCACAGAAGUAGAACGAGAACUUUGUUCUGCCACAGCUGAAUUUGAGGAUUUUGUCUUACAGUUUAUGGACAGAUGCUUUGGCCUCAUAGAAAGUAGCACAUUGGAGCAAACAAGAGAAGAGACAGAGACUGAGAAAAUGACUCACUUGGAGAGUUUGGUCGAAUUAGGUCUGUCUUCUACGUUUAGUACAAUCCUCACACAAUGUUCCAAAGAAAUAUUUAUGGUGGCCCUUCAGAAGGUUUUUAAUUUUUCUAUUUCACAUAUAUUUGAAACAAGAGUUGCAGGACGCAUGGUGGCAGACAUGUGCCGUGCUGCAGUCAAGUGCUGCCCAGAGGAAUCUUUGAAGCUAUUUGUUCCCCACUGCUGCAGUGUUAUAACUCAGCUUACAAUGAAUGAUGAUGUAUUAAAUGACGAAGAGCUAGAUAAGGAGUUACUAUGGAAUCUUCAACUUUUGUCUGAGAUUACUCGAGUGGAUGGGAAGAAGUUGCUUCUUUAUAGGGAGCAGCUUGUAAAGAUUCUCCAAAGAACCCUACAUUUAACCUGUAAGCAGGGUUACACUCUGUCUUGUAACCUUUUGCAUCACCUCCUUCGUUCUACUACACUUAUCUACCCUACCGAGUACUGCAGUGUGCCAGGCGGCUUUGACAAGCCUCCUUCUGAAUACUUUCCUAUCAAGGACUGGGGUAAACCAGGGGACUUGUGGAAUUUGGGGAUCCAGUGGCAUGUUCCUUCUUCUGAAGAGGUGGCUUUCGCCUUCUAUCUGUUGGACUCUUUCCUCCAGCCUGAGCUCAGCAAACUCCAGCAUUGCGGGGAUGGAGAACUCGAAAUGUCUAGAGAUGAUGUUCUGCAGAGUCUGACUAUAGUCCACAACUGUCUCAUUGGCUCAGGAAACCUCCUACCUCCAUUGAAAGGAGAGCCGGUUACUAACUUGGUACCAAGUAUGGUGUCCUUGGAAGAGACAAAGUUAUAUACUGGACUUGAAUAUGAUCUAUCCAGAGAGAACUACCGAGAAACAAUUGCUAGGGUCAUAAGGAAACUUCUUAAUCACAUACUUAAUAAUUCAGAAGAUGAUACCAAGUCCUUGUUUCUUAUCAUAAAGAUUAUUGGAGACCUUUUGCAGUUCCAAGGAUCUCACAAGCAUGAAUUUGACUCUCGUUGGAAAAGUUUUAACCUAGUAAAGAAAUCAAUGGAAAAUCGGCUCCAUGGGAAAAAACAACAUAUCAGAGCACUAUUGAUUGACAGAGUCAUGUUGCAGCAUGAGCUGCGAACACUAACUGUUGAAGGUUGUGAAUAUAAAAAGAUACAUCAAGAUAUGAUUAGAGAUCUUCUUCGUUUAUCUACAAGUUCAUACAGUCAGGUCAGAAAUAAGGCCCAGCAAACAUUUUUUGCUGCCUUGGGAGCAUAUAACUUCUGUUGCAGAGAUAUCAUACCCUUGGUUUUGGGGUUCUUACGACCUGAUAGACAAGAUGUCACUCAACAGCAGUUCAAGGGUGCCUUGUAUUGUCUCCUUGGAAAUCACAGUGGUGUAUGCUUGGCAAACCUUCAUGAUUGGGACUGUAUUGUACAGACUUGGCCAGCAAUUGUUUCUUCUGGGCUUAGCCAAGCAAUGUCCCUGGAAAAGCCAUCAAUAGUGAGACUGUUUGAUGAUCUUGCAGAAAAGAUUCAUCGGCAAUAUGAAACAAUUGGCUUGGACUUCACAAUUCCAGAGUCAUGUGUUGGAAUAGCAGAAUUACUUCAACAAUCAAAAAACCCCUCUAUCAAUCAGACAAUGCUUAGCUCAGAAGAAAUUAAAGAAGGACUUAAACGCCAACAAGAGAGGAAUGUUGAUGCCUUGAGGAACUAUGAAAAUUUGGUUAACACUUUGCUAGAUGGUGUGGAGCAGAGAAAUUUGCCCUGGAAGUUUGAGCAUAUAGGCAUUGGGCUUUUGUCUCUGCUCUUGAGAGAUGACAGAGUGUUGCCUCUUCGUGCCAUACGUUUUUUUGUUGAGAAUCUCAACCAUGAUGCAAUUGUAGUUCGAAAGAUGGCAAUCUCAGCUGUUGCUGGUAUUCUUAAGCAGCUAAAAAGAACCCACAAAAAACUGACCGUCAGUCCCUAUGAAAUCAGUGGAUAUCCUAAACCCACCCAGAUUGUUGCUGGUGAUAGGCCUGAUAAUUACUGGUUGCAUUAUGAUAGCAAAAGCAUACCAAGAACUAAGAAAGAAUGGGAGUCAAGUUGCUUUGUGGAAAAAACUCACUGGGGAUACUACACCUGGCCACAGAAUAUGGUUGUUUAUGCUGGUGUAGAAGAGCAGCCUAAACUUGGCAGAAGCAGGGAGGAUUUGACAGAGGCAGAACAGAUUAUAUUUGAUCAUUUUUCUGAUCCUAAAUUUGUCGAACAGUUAAUUACCUUUCUAUCUUUAGAAGACAGAAAAGGAAAAGAUAAAUUUAAUCCUCGACGGUUUUGCCUCUUUAAGGGUAUAUUCAGAAAUUUUGAUGAUGCCUUUCUGCCAGUUCUGAAGCCCCAUUUAGAACGUUUGGUUGCAGAUUCACAUGAGAGCACCCAGCGAUGUGUUGCAGAAAUUAUAGCUGGCUUAAUCAGAGGCUCUAAGCAUUGGACAUUUGAAAAGGUGGAGCAGCUUUGGGAACUUCUUUGUCCUCUGCUUAGAACAGCAUUGUCCAACAUUACAGUAGAAACUUACAACGACUGGGGGACUUGUAUAGCAACAUCCUGUGAAAGCAGAGAUCCCCGGAAACUUCAUUGGCUUUUUGAACUGCUGUUGGAAUCACCACUGAGUGGUGAAGGAGGAUCCUUUGUAGAUGCAUGUCGACUCUAUGUCCUCCAAGGCGGCCUUGCCCAGCAAGAGUGGAGAGUGCCUGAGUUACUGCAUAGACUACUGAAGUACUUGGAGCCUAAACUCACCCAGGUUUACAAAAAUGUCAGGGAAAGAAUAGGGAGUGUGCUGACCUAUAUAUUCAUGAUAGAUGUUUCUUUGCCAAACACUGCACCAACAGCAUCACCUCGUGUCCCUGAGUUUACUGCUCGAAUUCUAGAGAAGUUGAAACCCCUCAUGGAUGUAGAUGAAGAAAUUCAGAACCAUGUUAUGGAAGAAAAUGGAAUUGGUGAAGAAGAUGAACGAACCCAGGGCAUUAAACUCUUAAAAACUAUUUUGAAAUGGCUGAUGGCAAGUGCAGGAAGAUCAUUCUCUACAGCAGUCGCAGAACAACUUCAGCUUCUGCCUUUGUUCUUUAAGAUUGCCCCAGUGGAAAAUGACAAUAGCUAUGAUGAACUGAAAAGAGAUGCAAAGUUAUGUUUAUCACUAAUGUCUCAGGGGUUGCUUUACCCUCAUCAAGUGCCUUUGGUACUUCAGGUGCUAAAUCAAACAGCAAGAAGCAGUUCUUGGCAUGCUAGAUACACAGUACUGACCUACCUCCAGACCAUGGUAUUCUAUAACCUCUUUAUUUUCCUAAACAAUGAAGAUGCCGUUAAAGACAUCAGGUGGCUGGUUAUAAGUCUUUUGGAGGAUGAACAGCUAGAGGUUAGAGAAAUGGCUGCCACCACCUUAAGUGGUCUGUUACAGUGUAACUUCCUUACCAUGGACAGUCCUAUGCAGAUUCAUUUUGAGCAACUUUGCAAAACAAAACUACCGAAGAAAAGGAAGCGUGACCCUGGUUUUGUAGGAGAUACGAUUCCUUCUGCAGAGUUGGUCAAACGCCAUGCUGGGGUGCUGGGACUGGGUGCGUGUGUUCUUUCUAGUCCUUACGAUGUUCCCACCUGGAUGCCCCAGCUCCUUAUGAAUCUCAGUGCACACCUGAAUGACCCUCAGCCAAUCGAGAUGACUGUAAAAAAGACAUUAUCCAAUUUCCGAAGGACACACCAUGACAACUGGCAGGAACACAAACAGCAAUUCACUGACGACCAGCUGCUGGUUCUCACCGAUCUCCUCGUCUCACCCUGCUACUAUGCAUAG